AUGGGACGAAGCGCCUACAUGACGGGUAAGGUGACGAGUGUCAAGUCCAAGGACUCGCUGUGCAGCCACUGGCGGUGCUUGUACCAACGCACCGUCGCAAUCGGAGGUCUCUUCGUCCUCCCGCUCAUUGCGAGCGACGCGAUCGUCAACAACUGGGCCAUCAACGCGUACCUUGGCGACGGCAAGUUCUUCUUCACGCCGAUCGCAGCGGCGCAAAACGCGCAGCAGCUCAGUGCGCAGUACAGCUACGCGCGGAGCCUCGGCAUCCACGACCUUUCCAAGAUUGGUCAAUGGAUCGCCAACGCAACCAUUGUCCGCCUCGUCACCGACAGUGACGAUGUGUACGUCAUCAAUGCCGGCGAGUUUCCGUUGACACGGGCGACCAACCUGUGUCCGACGUUCGCUCAAACGUACGGAAUUCCAAGCGUCGGCAACGUCCGGCUGGCGCUCGCGUCCGACACGGUGACAUUCUACCGCGGCAACGCGCUCACGCAUUUUUUCACGGACGACGCUGAGGCCAACUUGGGCAACUCGUCCAUGAAGUCCACCGAGUUGUUCGAGCUCGGCUAUGUGCCCGGACGCACGGGCACGGACCUCCGCUUCACGCACGACGUGCUGGUUCAAAACACCUCGACGCCGCAAUCCCAGAUCGUCAAGUUUUACCGCAUCUUCCCCCGGACGUACUGCACCGGGUGCGCGCCGGCGGCGGAGCUCGGCCACGGCAUUUGCAACUUUACUUAUGUCUACAAUGACACGACGAAAGCGCUUCGCGUGACCAACAGCAGCUUUGUGCCAGGCUCGACGUACUUUCUCGGGCUCAUGAUGCCCAACUCCUCGUUCGGCGUCGCAGCGCUCUACAUCAAGCUGGCAGCGAUCGCCAUCGCGAUCUGCGGGUACCUCGCCGGUCGGCGCACCGUCCAGUGGCUCGAAGUGGACCCUACUAAAGUCGACGGGGUCGGGGCGCGUGCCUUUCGCAUGGUCUUUCCCAAGCUCUUUCCGUACCAGAGCAACGCGCUGAGCUACGCAUCGUUUUGCUACAACUCGGAUUUGUUUGUGUUUCUGUAUGCGCUCUCGGUGCUUCUCGACCUCAACACGUCGUUCAUCUUUGUUCGCGAAGUCAACGUGUACAACAAUCUCGCACCGCAAUUCGUCCACUCGCUGCAAAUGUUUUCUCUCUCGAGCCGGCUUCUCUGGGUCAACUGCGCGUUCCUCAAGCUUCUCAAGAUUGUCUGGAGCUUUGUGAGCGCCGCGACGGUCAACGGCGAGAGCACGCUCAUGGGCUUCUUGAACCUCUCGUCCACGACGUCCGUGUACCUCAGCGCAGUCCUCCUCUUCUACGUGCCCGCGUACAUUGAGUACAACAACUCGGUGGCGACGCCAAUUCGCAACGUCAACGAAAGCAUCGACGGCAUCCGCGUCCGCGUCUUCGACGGGUUUUACCUCCGCGUGCUCUCGUCCGUCGGCGUCGGCCUCGUCGUCAACCUCUUCCUUGUCACGGCCGCCGAUCGGCUCUGGAAUUGGCGCUACUGGCAGCUUUUGGCGAAAAACUCACUGGCGCGCCAAGCCAUGUACAACAGCAGCUCGAUCGUAUGCGACUUUGUCGACGGCAUCGAGCCGGACGCGGACGGCGCCGCGUCGUCGAUCGUGUGCCGCGCGCGCCGCUUGAGCACACUGCAGUGGUUCUUCAUGAGCCAUUUGACGUGCUUUGGCUUGCCGGAGAAGGAGCUCCGGGCCAAGAAGCUCUCGAUCGUACAUGUCAACGUCAAGCACCACCACACGGCGAAUUCGAGCUCGCGCUCGAGUUCGAUCACGUAUCCAACGGCGCUGCCGCUGCCGUCACCCGUGCCCGACGACGGCGCGUACAUGGUCGUCCAGGACGGCGACCACAACAUCCACCUCCUGGACGGCCAGCUCAACGACGUGACGAGCCUCGUGUACAACAUCAAGGUGCUCAAGAACACGACCGUCACCAUCAAGUGA